AUGCUGACCAACGAAAUUCUUUGCAAAGAUGUCCAACAGUCCAAGGAAACUUCGGAAGAGACACUCAACGAGUUCUCGUCUCACUCUGCAAAAGCCAUGAGACGCGUAUUCGGCGCUUCGAUCACCACAGACGAUAUGGCUGAGCUGCAGAGUGCCAUCGAGCCACACAUAUCUAUUGUCCAAGACUUGCAUCUUCAAGAGGCCCAAUACUCUUUGGAGAUGCUCCCGGCGCUCGAAGACGACUUGCUGGUAGCAUUCGAUGCUAGAGAGAUGGACGACAUGAACAACGAGAACAAAGGUGUGCUUCAGGCAUCUGUUUUCCCGGUGGUCUUGAAACGAGUCCUGGCCGAUAACAGCGAAAUGAGAUGGAUCGUAAUCUCCAAAGCAAAGACCGCGACUGCGCCUUGA